AUGGCUUAUGCUCGGGUGGCCGUCGUGUUUGCACUACUGCUGCACGCAACAUGCCUCUCACCGUCGCUUGGUGUUCUCCACAUCCGGCCUCUCAGUGAAGCACCCAGCGCCCGCUACCAGUUAAAAAAGGCCAAGGCGCCUGGUAAGAGUGCCAGCACCCGCUACGAGCGCCUGGCAAGCAUCAAACGCAGUCGACUGCCGUAUGCCCCAGCGACAUUGUCUGCCCGUCGGGCGCGUCAUGCGUGGUGGACAUGUCGUCUCCCCUCCCCCCCUCCCCUCCCCCUCUUCCGCCCUCUCCCGUCCCCCUCUGCCCCCCUCUCCCCUCCCCCAGCCGUAUGCCCCAGUGACAUCGUCUGCCCGUCAGGUGCAUCAUGCGCGGUGGGCAGCGUCGGCUUCCCCUUCUGCAAGUGCCCGGUGGGGCAGGCCAUAAUCAACGGCGCGUGCGGCCCCGCCGCGAGCUGGAGCACGGUGGGCACGAAUGUUGUCCUCUACACGCGCGCCAGCUUCGCCAACGACCCGGGAGUCGCGCCCGCUGUGCUGCGCGCGCCGCCGCCCAACACGUCCGCCUGCGUGAACAUCCCGUUUGCCUUCCAGGGAGGCCACGUGGGGUCGCUGCGCAUCAUGUGGAAUGUGGAUGACGGCGCGCCGGAUCACCUGGUGUGCGGCAAGGUGGUGUUUUGGGCCUAUGGGGACUGCGUCGGCUCGAGUCAGGUGGUCGAAAUUCCCGGCAAGUGGAUGGCCGCCAAGCCCGACAACUUCAAAUACGCGACUACCAGUUACAAGAAGACAUUCAACGUCCUUGGCACGGGCGGGUCCAUCUCGUGCCUCGCCGCCACUCUGCCGCCCGUCUCCAACCUUUGUGACACGCCAUCCUGCCCCGGCACCUCUCUCCCUCUCUCCCACUUGCGUCCCCCCUCCCUCUCUCCCUCUGUCCAACCUCCCAUCCUCAUCAUGAACCCCCCCACCAUCACUCUUUUCCCCUCUGCUUGUGGCCCUUGCGAGGUCACUCUGAUGUUUCUGUCAUUCACUUCCCCCACACGCCUCUUCUCCCUUCGCUCCCCCUCCCAUCACUCUCCAUCGCAUAACUCUCCCCCGCAUGCCUACCUGUCUUACAUGUUUCCGCACCCUUAA